UGAAAGCUUUAUGGUGGCGUUUGAUUAAGAAAGAGAAGGGAAUCGGAUAGAAAAGAAAAUGGUGGGAAGAGAAAUUGAACAACUUAGCGAAGAAGAAAGGAAAGCACUUCGAGGCAGCAAAUUUGCUCCUCUUCCCCCUCCUUCCCUUUCUAAACCCAGAUUGGCUCAUCCAGGAGGACCUUUAACGACUAACAAAGCUGCUGCUUUGGCUAAAUUCCUCGAAAGGAAACUCCAAGAUCCCAACGGCUUGAAUUCAAUCAAUCCCCAACUUCUCGAAUCGGCUGUCAAUAACGCUAAAGCUACCGUCGUUCAAAGCGGGGCUUCAAGUUCAAGGACUAGGGUUCGACAUGUAGAUUCCUUCGGUGACUCUGAGGACUCUUCGGAAGAAGCUAAGUCAGAAAUUCCAAAACCGAAACAGGAUAAGAACAAAAAGAAGAAGAAAAAGAAGAAAGAGAAGAAGAAGAAGAACAAAAUGAAGAAGGUGGCAGAGGAGAUUGAAUCUACAUUGAAAAGACCUAAAAAGGUUGUCAAACUAUGAUCAAAGUAAUAAUGCUUUAAUUUCAUCUUUAAUCUUUUUUAAAAAAAAAGUUAUAGGAUUUAAAAACUGGUGGAUCAUCAAAGAUGCACAACAAAGGAUCAUUGAAGAAGCUGACAAAGGUCUGCUGGGAAGGGUUUGGUUUCUUUAGACAGUAAGUCUCCAAACAAAA